AAAACAAAUGAUCUCUCUCUGCACUUCCGGAACUGUCACUGUGAGCUGUUUGGAUUUUACGAUGCUGUCAUGUUGAUUAAUUUGGAAUUGGAUAGAUGAAAAUAUUUUUUCUUGUGUUGUUUUUUGCACGUUGAAGCCAAAGAUGUAACGUUAAGGACAUUUAUGCACAAAAGUGAUUUACUGAAGGAGUUUGGGUACUUCCUUCUCAACCGUCCGUUUACUCCAAACUCAACAGUAUUUUUAGAGCUUUUUGGUUUUUCAUAUACAAGAAGGAAGUAAGUAAGUUAUGCUGAAGGCUGUCAUUCUUAUCGGAGGUCCUCAAAAAGGGACCCGAUUUCGCCCGCUGUCUUUUGAGGUGCCCAAACCUCUGUUCCCAGUGGCUGGAGUGCCAAUGCUGCAGCAUCACAUUGAGGCCUGUUCUAAGCUUCCAAAUAUGAAAGAGAUCUUACUCGUUGGCUUUUAUCAGCCCAAUGAAGAACUUAACAGAUUUUUGUCAUGCGCCCAACAAGAUUUCAAAAUAUCAAUAAGAUACCUUCAGGAAUAUGCUGCUCUGGGCACUGGAGGAGGAAUCUACCAUUUCAGAGAUCAGAUCCUGUCUGGCGGUCCAGAGGCAUUUUUUGUCAUGAAUGCUGAUGUGUGCUCAGAGUUUCCUCUGCCAGAGAUGCUUGACUUCCAGAAGGAGCACGGAGACGCUUACAGUUUUAUCAUCCUCGGCACCACUGCCAACAGAAAACAGUCCCUGAACUACGGCUGCAUUGUUGAGAAUCAACAAACUGAUGAGGUCUUGCAUUAUGUAGAGAAGCCCAGCACGUUUGUGAGUGACAUAAUCAACUGUGGAAUAUACCUGUUCACUCCGGAGAUAUUCCAGCACAUCGGAGAAGUUUUCCAGAAGAACCAACAGGACAUGCUGUUAUAUUCGUACGAGGGAGAAGAGCAGUCCAACGGCUGGCAUCGGGCAGAGGUGAUCCGCCUCGAGCAGGACAUCUUCACUGCUCUGGCAGGACAGGGCAAGCUAUAUGUGUACAAAACAGACCGCUUCUGGAGCCAGAUCAAAUCUGCAGGAUCUGCGAUCUAUGCAAGCCGAUUGUAUCUUAACCAGUAUCACAAGACACAUCCAGAGAGGUUAGCUACUAAUACAGAUGGAGGGCCGAAGACCAGAGGAAAUGUUUAUAUACAUCCAACUGCCAAUAUUGAUCCAACUGCUGUAUUAGGUCCAAAUGUGUCCAUAGGAACAGGAGUAACGAUUGGCGCAGGAGUUCGCGUGAGGGAGUCCAUCAUCCUCCAUGGUGCUACUUUACAGGAUCACAGUUGCGUGUUGAACAGUAUUGUGGGCUGGGGCAGCACCAUUGGCAAAUGGGCCAGAGUAGAAGGAACCCCAAGUGACCCGAAUCCUAAUGACCCGUAUGCCAAAAUUGACAGCGAGACACUCUUCAGAGAUGGAAAACUAACACCCUCCAUUACAAUUCUAGGCUGUAAUGUAAAUAUCCCAUCUGAAGUCAUCAUACUCAACUCCAUCGUCCUGCCACAUAAAGACCUCAACAGAAGCUUCAAAAACCAGAUCAUACUGUAGUUUCAGUUUUACUUGUUUUUAUGGCAUUAGCAUAGAAGUAAAAUGGAUCUUUGAAAUGAAACAUUAAUAAUUGAUGAAUCAUCUGAAGCUUCAGUGGUUUUCAUGUAAAAGUGUCUGGUGCUGUAUUGUGCACAUGGAUUAACCACCGGUGUCUUCGUGUCAAAGCUGGAUAAAACAAAUGCUAAAGUAAUUCUGCUACAACAAAUCUUCACUUUGUCAAACUGUUUCUGAAUUUACUUGAAAUGUAUCUUAUUUACAGCUUGUUGGCUCCCUUCGUGUCAGUGAAAUGCCAAAGAAAGGCGCAAAAAAGCGGGUUAUUUGUGCAUUCUGUUACCAUUACUUUCCAGCAUUUAACAUGUCAUGUAGAACAAAAAAAUGGUAAGACAAAUGGUAAAAUCUUGUAAUUGGAUACCAGUCGUGUUGGUAAUUGUUUUGAAUAAUUGAUGUUUCUGUGACUGCUCUCCGUAUGAAAACCGAGCACAGUGCAAAAGUCAGACGUCUGCAAUAAAUUAUAUUUUGAUUAAGUCA